AUGCUUACCCGUACGGCGCUUCGCUGUGUCAAGUACGGCUCAACGCCGAAGGACAUCCGCUAUGGCAUGGAGGCCCGUAACGCUCUCCUUGCCGGCGUUGAGAACCUUGUGAAGGCCGUCGGCGUCACGCUCGGCCCCAAGGGCCGCAACGUGAUUCUCGAGAUGCCGUACGCAAGCCCCAAAAUAACCAAGGAUGGUGUCACGGUGGCCAAGAGUAUCGAGUUCGAGGACAGCUUCGAGAACCUUGGGGCGAACCUGGUCCGUCAGGUGGCCGGACUGACGAACGACAACGCCGGUGACGGUACGACAACCGCCACCGUCCUGUCCGGGGCGAUCUUCAAAGAGGGCUUCCGCAGUGUUGCGACUGGCACGAACCCAAUGGACCUGAAGAGAGGCAUCGACCUCGCCUGUCGGGAGGUGCUCAUAUCGCUGGCCGAGCAGUCUCGCCCUGUCACCUCUAAAUCUGAGAUCACCCAGGUGGCGAUGAUCUCGGCAAACAUGGACCAAGAGAUCGGCAGCCUGAUUGGCGAUGCGAUGCAACAGGUCGGCAAGGAUGGCGUGAUUACCACGCAGGAGGGCCGCUCGCUCAACACGGAGCUCGAGCUGGUGGAGGGCAUGUCGUUUGAGCGGGGGUACACGUCGCCGUACUUUGUGACGAACACAAAGGCGCAAAGGUGCGAGCUGGAAAAUGCCCUCGUCUACGUGGCGAACCGCAAGCUCACGAGUGUGGCGCACAUCUUACCGGCGCUGAACUACGCGAUUCAGCAGAAGCGCCCACUUUUGGUGAUUGCGGAGGACGUGGAGGGGGAGGCGAUGCACACGUUUCUGUACAACAAAAUUCAGGGCCGCAUCCACGGGUGCGCGGUCAAGGCGCCAGGCUUUGGCGACAUGCGCAUCAAUCAGCUGCAGGACAUCGCCGUAUUCACUGGGUCGCAGAUGAUCUCGGAAGACCUAGGGCUCUCACUGGACCAGAGCGAUUUCUCCGAGCGCUUCCUUGGCACGUGCCGAAAGGUGACCGUUUCUCGCGACGAGUGCAUCUUGAUGGAGGGCGGCGGCAGCGCCAUUGCGCUCGAGGAGCGGGUGCAAAUGAUUAAGGACAUGAUCUCCGCUGAAGACCACGAGUACAAUCGCGAGCGCCUUGUCGAGCGCCUCGCGAAGCUCUCUGGUGGCGUUGCUGUGAUCAAGGUCGGCGGCGCCUCGGAGGUGGAGAUAAGUGAAAAAAAGGACCGCAUCAUUGACGCGCUGAACGCCACGCGCGCGGCUGUGUCAGAGGGCAUUGUUGCAGGCGGUGGUACAGGGUUGCUGAUGGCCUCCCUGCGCCUCGAGACGAUCUCCAAGGACCGACGGCUUCCACCUGACAUCCGCACUGGUGUGAAUAUUGUGAAGAAGGCAAUCGGGCUGCCAGCACGGUACAUAGCGAACAACGCGGGUGUAGAGGGUAGUGUUGUGGCAGGAAAGGUACUCGCUCGCAAGGACCCAACUUUCGGCUACAACGCUCAGACCGGCGAGUAUGUGAAUAUGUUCGAGGCGGGGAUCAUCGAUCCCAUGAAGGUAGUGAAGUCUGCCGUCGUGAAUGCAUGCUCUGUGGCAGGCAUGAUGAUCACAACGGAGGCGGCAGUGGUGGAAAAGGAUCUGCUCGGUCGGGAGAAGCGCAUCGAGGAUGAGGGGAUGGAGGACAAGGAGAAGAAGCGCAGCGUCGACAAACUGCGCAAGCAGGUAAAUGAACGGGAUUCGCCGAUGCCCAAGAUGGCCCCACCGAUGAAGUUUGAUAUGAAAGGUCUGUAG